AUGUGGUUGCUCCGGUUCUAUUCUAUGACAAAGUAGAAGGGCAGUAAACCUGCAAUGUGGAGUUUUGUAUGUCAGAUGGUGUUGUAGACGAGUUGUAGAAACAUGGCAACACUAUCAAUAUGAAGAAAAGGCCAUUAAUACAAUAAAUAAACCUGUUCCUAAUACAUGGUUUACGGCGUGUUGUUGCCACAAGGUGUAGUACGCUGUUGUUGUUGAGGCUUUGCCAGUAUGCGAUGGGGAAUUGUUGGGCUCAAUGUUGUGUGUUCUUCAAAAGGGAAACCAGCAGGAUCCAGGGAGGAGGAGGUGCCAAAUACUUUAGAACCAGUUCUACUGGAGAGCACUUUACCAUAGAGUUUGAGAAUCUUGUAGAGAGCGAUGAGGGCGAGAGUCCAGGAAGCAGCCUAAGACCGCUAAGUGAAGAAGAAAUUGGACAUCUUAAAGAAAAGCGGUAUAAUGCAAUCGCAGAAAAUCAGAAGACAGCAGACGAAAAGCUUCACUCUGAGUUAGCUGCACAGGAGGAGAAGUUAAGGAUAGAAGAGGAGGCUUUUUACGCUGCCCAGCGCGAAGCUGCCAGGGCAGCAAUACAGAGCAAGCUUCUGGAGCAUAGGCUCCACAAGAUGAAACAGAGGCCACAACUUGCAGGGAGUGGGGAUUACCAAAAAAGUUUAGCAGCAGGGGAGGACUUUGAAACCUAUCUGCGGAAUGUAAAGGCUCAGUCAGAAGCCUUCAGGAGCAGUAGAGUCACCUCUGAGACAAUUAUGACUCCAAACACAGAAAGUAGCUGUGACUUCACAAACAAAACCAGAUCCACCAAUGAUGACACAUCGCUGGACCUGGAGUGGGAGGAUGAAGAAGGGAUGAACAGAAUGAUUCCAGUGAGGGAACGAUCUAAAACCGAGGAGGACAUACUCCGAGCAGCACUGAGACCCAGCGCUAGGAGAACAGGCAGCAACCCCACGUCAACCUCCGACGAUUCCAAUGGACUGGAGUGGGAAAACGAUUUUGUUGGGACCCAGAUUGACGACAACGGCAAUUCUGAAUAUGCAGGGUUUGUGAACCCAGUUUUAGAACUCUCCUCCUCCAGUGACUUGCAAAAGCCUGAUAGCGACCAGCAAGAUAGAUCGUGUAAACAGACAGGAGUUGUUUGAAGUGUAAUCAAACUGUUAAACUGUUGUCCUUUCAGUUGUUUUUUUUUUUUUUCUUUUUCUCAAGGUCUUAAUUUUGCUGGGUAAUUACCGGGUCUGCAAUAUGCAGGUUGACAGAGUGCGUCUGUUGCACAAAAGCGCUCUGAACUAAGUGCAAUUUGGGGUUUCAACCAUCUGCCAUGGUUGGCAAAAAACAUUUGUGUUAUUACCCAAUUUCAUACUCCUACAUUUUCUAGUGAUACCAAGACAGCACACCAACCUGUAUCCUGCAAGUACUGGUUUCAUUUUGGUCAUUGAGAAAUUAAUGUAAAAUUUAUUGCCUAGCACAGUUGUCUGAUCUACAUAGAAUCAGAUUAAGGAUUUUGUGGUUUAUAAUAUGAAAAGAUUCCUGUGUGUCUUCUCAUUUAAAUCACCCAUAACCAACCCCUAGUCACACCAGGAUCAUUCAAAUCCUACUACUUCAAAUAUAAAACAUUUCAACUGUAGAUCUGGAAGUGUUUUAUAAAUGGCUUUAAUGCAGGGAAGACAAUGUAUUUAUGAUUAUGGAAACUUGAUUUUUCUAACUUUGUAUCCAUUCCAAUGCUCUAUAUGGUAAACUUACAUUAAAUCAUUGACUUCAUUGAUGUGAAAACACUGGGUUUGUCAAGGUGGUUUCUGUAAAUAUUUGUGCAGCCUCAUCAUUGAAGCAAAAAAAAAAAAGUUUUUAAUUGUUCACUAACAUGCCUUGGUAUAAUUAUUUUUAAGUUAAAGGUGUGACCAAGAAAAUGUAUUUGUUUUAGCUAAUCAAAGUGUUGCUGUGUGCAAUCGGCAUGCUGUGAGACAGAAAGCAAAUAGUUUUUAGCUGUGCUGCUUCUCUUUCACUCUUAAGGCCACCGCACACUAGACCGACCCGAUAAGAUACCGACACGAUUUUCAAACAAAACCCGCCAACGAGCAGAAUCCAUUGGUAUCAUCGGUGUCAGUUUCUGCCGUACACAAAACCGACGCAUCACCGACACGACGAAAUCGCGUCAGUGUCUUAUCGGGCCGGUCUAGUGUGCGGUGGCCUUUAGUGUAUGUUCCUUUUUUACUGAACAGUUUACUAAGAUAUGUACACUACUGCAAUCAAAUUAAAACAAAAGAUUAUUCACACC